AUGAAAACUCCUUCCUCCGUCUAUUACAAUGUAUUGAUCAAACCCAAGGGCAGCUCUUCUGCUGCUUCCGUCACUGGCAAGUUGGUCUUGUCAUCCAAUGGACUCAUUUUCUAUCCCAACCAACAGGAAGAAGAAGUCAAAGAUGAAAUUGCCACUGUAGUAUCCAAAAAUAAUAGUGGCAAGAUCAAGAUGGCCUGGAAGAAUUUGAUGAAGCAUCAGAUGAAUGGAGCCGACAAGCCACGACCCAUGCUGAAACUCGUACAUCGAAAUGGAACGACUCAUCUCCUCAAAUUCAAGUCGAGAGAGGAACUGCAAAAGGCAUUCGAUGAUAUCUCGGAAAGACGAGAACUAACUACAAAAGAAGAAACACAAAAAGAAGAAGAUGGCGAAGAAGCCAAGGAAGAAAUAUCAGCUUUGGACAGCAGUGACAUGGAAACCAACAUUGAUUCCUCAUUUACUAGCCAUUCUUCGGUCAAGGAUUUGAUGCUGGAUGGCUCCUCCAAAAUGGCAGACACGAGCUUGAAGGAUUCCAGCUGGAACGAUUCCUCUCUCUACACGCAGAGUCGCCGACAACAACAUGAUCGAGAACAAGGAAUCCCAGGUGCUUUCCGUUCGACAGCUUCACCAGUCGCCAAGAGGGAAAAAUCACCAAAACGACAAAAACAAGCUAAUGUACCCUCUUCCAUGACCCAGGAUGCUUCAGAACCUGGGCAACUAGCGGAUCAAAAUCGGGGAAUCCCAGGUGCUUUCAGUUCGACGGCUCCACCAGUCACUUCUUCCAAGAGGGGAAAAUCACCAAAGCGACAAAGGCAAACCAAUGUAGCGUCGUAUGUGACCCAAAAAGCUUCGGAACCUGGGCAACUAGCAGAUCAAGAGCAGGGAAUCCCAGGUGCUUUUAGUUCCACGGCUCCUCCGAUUACUUCUUCCAAAAGGAAGAAAUCACAAAACCGACAAAAGCAAACCAAUGUGGCCUCGUCCAUGACUCAGGAUGUAUCCGAAACACAGCAACUAGCGGCAUCCCGUACCACUCCCAACGACACAAAUAGAGCCUCCAAGGGCAACAGAAAGAAGCAUACCAGACGAGCCGAACGAGCUGGUGCUCAAAACAUCCGGUACUCCACAACCAACGAACCCAUGCCAGAUCUGGUGCCACCUGGAACGGUUGUGGGUCAGUCUCCCGCGGAGGCACAAAAAGGGAAAUCGAGAAUGGCUCCACAACGGUCACCAUUUCCCCACGAAAAGUUUGGCAAUAGUACAAUAGCAUCCUCACAAACAGCAGGAAAAAAGAGAAUCAAUGAGAAUGACGAAGCAAAUGUCGGUGUAGUACCGGUUAGCCGCAACGACUACUUUGGUGACGAGGACAUGACGAACAGCCAGCAUUCCUCCCCAGAACAAGGUUCCCAAGACGAGUUGCUGAUGACGAUGCAACAACAACCACACGAUGUUCACCUGGUGGAAGCUAGUCUCGUUCCUGAUGAGGAAGAAGUGGACCAUGACAUGAUUCCUCAAGCUGAAAUUGUGCAACCCAAAGAAGGACUGGCAAAGUAUCUACCGGAAAGUAAGCGCAAAGCACGAUUGUGCUUUGGACUGUGCGCACUGUUGACGAUUGCCAUUAUCACUGUCGUGGUGGUGGGAGUUGUUUGUGGCACGGGCAAUUGUGGAGGUGGUGGUAGCAGUGGUUUUGAUCCUACACCUGCGCCCACCAGCAGUGGGCCUGUGGAACUUGUGUCUCCGACUGUGGCAGUGCCCAUUUUGGGAAGCGUCGAGAUUCUCUUGCCGAACUACACUGUCCCCAUGCUCUCAGAUCCGUCCACAGCUCAGUCCAAAGCGUUUGCAUGGCUGGCUGUCCACCAGAUCGAGUGUUAUGACGAGGGAGCUGAGCGGGGGCGGGUCCAGUCCUUGAAACUGGUGGUAUUUCGAUUGCCAUUACAAGGCAACAUACCACCCGAAGUGGAAUUGCUUGCCUCCAUGGAAACCUUCGAAAUCGAAGAAUCACAGUGGAGUGGAUAUCUUCCAGCUGUCCUGCCGUACCAGUUGGGGUACUUGCCAAUGCUCAAAUCCUUCUCGGUCCUGUCCAACCAACUGUCUGGCACGCUCCCCCCUUCCAUCUUGGGUGGAAUGACAUCAUUGACAGCCUUGACCCUUGGUAAUAAUUUGGCCACGGGCAAGCUGCCAACAGAGAUCGGAAAGCUCACCAGGCUGACUUUUCUGGAUGUGGAUACAAAUGAUUUUUCAGGCCCGCUAAUUUCAGAAAUUGGCCUUUUGCUCGAGUUGACACGUGUUGACAUUGACGGAAACAUGUUAAGUGGACGCCUUCCAAGCGAAUUCUUCAAUUUGGUCGCCUUGACUUUUUUGGAUAUUGGAGAAAAUCGCCUUACAGGAACUGUUGGAAGUGAAAUAGGCCUUCUCACUGGUCUCGAGUGGCUGGGCUAUGCGACAAACCAACUCCGUGUGCUGCCCAGCGAACUUGGACUUUUGACGAUGCUCACUGACCUCGAAUGCAGUGCCAACCGCUUUGGCAAUGUGAUACCUACUGAAUUGGCCAGGCUUACUCUGCUCACAGAUUUGCAUCUGUACGAUGAUACAUUGAUCGGGCCAAUCCCUUCAGAGUUCUGCUUGAUGUCUCAGUUAGCUUCACUGCAACUGGACGAUAACAGCCUUUCUCAACCAAUACCUUCCUGCUUGGGAAUGCUAUCCAAUCUGCAAGAACUGCAAUUGAACCGGAACCAACUCACCGGCUCCAUACCAAGUGAGAUAGGGCUAAUGACGCAGUUGACUCAAUUGAGACUCGACGAAAACCAAAUUUCACAGAGAGUGCCAUCCACGCUGGGAUCACUUCUGGUCCUAAACCACUUGGAUUUCGAAGAAAACUUGUUGACAGGCCCUAUUCCAUCGGUCAUUGGUGCCUUGACAGAGCUAACCCGUUUGCGGAUGGACAACAAUCAGUUAUCCGAUCGUCUACCAACUACUUUUGGUUUCUUGACCAAACUGGAGUACCUGGAUUUUGAGGAGAAUGCUCUGACUGGGCCAAUCCCAAGCCAGUUCCAGAUGCUAACUAACCUGUUAUAUCUCUACCUGGAGGACAAUGCUUUGACAGGUCCAAUCCCCGGCCAGUUGCAAAUGCUCACAAACUUGUUGGAGCUGACACUGAGUCACAAUCGUCUCACUGGUACCAUUGGACCAUUGGGAUCACUCUCAACUCUCCUGUAUUUGGCUUUUACAGAAAACCUCUUGGUUGGCCCUAUUCCAUCUGACAUUGGUGCCUUGACUGCUUUGACAAACCUGAGAAUAGACAAUAAUCAACUGUUGGGCCGGAUCCCAUCUACCAUUGGCUUGCUGGCAAACUUGGAAGACUUGUAUCUUUCCCAGAACGGUUUGACGGGCCCUAUCCCAACAGAGCUGCGAAUGCUCACCAAGCUUGAUGAGCUCAUUCUGGGUUUCAACAGACUUUCUGGUACAAUUGCAACUGAGCUAGGAGAGCUUUCGACAGUGUCAAAUAUGUGGCUCGACCGGAAUGGUCUUUCCGGAAGCGUGCCUGAAAGCGUCUGCGCCUUGACCAUCGAUGGGGAGUUGAGUAGUUUAAGGGUGGACUGCUUGGAGGCCGUUGCUUGCCCAGAAAACUGCAAUUGUGAGUGUUACUAG